GUAAUCUAAUCUAAACAUGAUGUCUCAACUCCUUUGCUCAUUGCUCUGACUGCUGAAAGCAAAUGUACCAAAUGCCUUCUUCACCACAGGCAACUCCACUUUCAAGGAAUUAUCUACCUGCUUCCCUAGAUCUCUAUGUUCCACAAUGCUCCCCAGGCCUGUACCAUUAACUGUAUGGAUUUUUGCAAUGUUUGUGUGGCACUUAUUGGGCCUGUUUGAAACAGGACCAAUCUUCAUCUGAUGGCUGUACCUUGGCAAAUGAACAAGAGCCUCUGAUGAUUCCACAGUCUGCACGACAAUUGCGACGUCCAACAGAAGUUAUGUCUGGAAAGGAUGGAAGGAUUUCUGCAAAGAUUGUAAAUGUGGCUGAACUUGAUCAGUGUUUUGCAAAUAUUGUGGAUACAUUCAAUCAUCAACACAGCAACUACAUAACUCUUUGUGAGUUCAUAAGACUGUUGAAAGAAUGUUGUCAGUGUAACGUACUCACGGAUUGUUUUCAGACACUUCAACAUGAACACAGAGAUUUUACAGUCAAGCUCGACAUGCGGGGAUACAAUUUUUCUCUUUCUGUGCAGCCCAAUCAAUCAAUCCCAAGGCAACUUCUGCUUGCACAGCAGUAUACAAAGGAACUGUGUACUUCAACAAAAUCCAUAUUAGCAGCUGACCCUAAACUCCAGGAGAUGAUCAACUCCAUGCUACAGACUGAAGAUCAGCAUCUUGAAAUGGUGAAGCAUGUGAAUGAAUCCUAUCAAGCGCGGACUCGAUGUUUGUCGAAUGCCAAAGACAAUUUCAUGGAAUUAAGGCGAGCCAAACAGUUUUCAAAUCUACACAAGGAAUUAGCCGAUAGGGUACUUAAAGACAUUGUGGAAAUAGUGGGCAUAAAUGUAUAAAAGUUUGGAACUAAUGUACGAUCAUACUUCUGCGAGCUCAUGACUUCAAAAACAAAACACUGUGGAAUUUAGUAACCAUUGGGAUGUUGCCUCCUAUAACUAUUACUAUUAUUUUCUUGCCCAAGCAAUUUCCUUUGUUAUUAUGAAUGGCUGGCAUAUCACACUGAUACAAGUUGAUUGAAAAUGGUGUUAGAUUUCAAAUAUAACCCACAUGAAAAUAAUUCUUUAAUUCCUAUGUAUAGUAUUUCAUAUCCUGAACAUAUCAGGGAUGGGGUGGAGAGUAAAUUUCUUUAUAAGCUCACUAAGUGAUCUGUCACAACUUUGGAUGAUGUGUUGUAGUCGCCUAUAAAAAUACUUGCGGUAAAUUCUCACGUAAAAUCAUGAUUGCAUUACUGAAAAUUGCAACUUUAAGUGAACGAUGAUUUCCCAUAGGAAUAAAUGUUAAAGCCAGAAAUAGGCUCCUUCAGACAUUAUUUGCCUGGAAUAAAUAAUGUACAAGUUGAAAUACUGUACCACACAUGCUGUACUGUGCACUCCUAGCUAAAAUAACUUGCAAAAUAAAUUCCUAAAUGUAACAAAUAUUGUAUACAUUCAAAUUAAACAAA